AGAGUACAGACCUCUCUUUCUCUUUCUCUCUCCUUGCACUUUUUGCUCUUUUCGUGCUAUUUUAUUUUGGUGUUUUCUGUUGUCAGAUAUCUUCUUGCAAAACAACAGUACUCCAAACACCUACCUCACACACAACGAAGAGAUAUUAACAAGGAAAAGAAACUCUUGAAACCUCUCAUCCCUAACCUUUUAGGGUUUUCAAAGUCGGCAUCAGAACCUAUCUGCUUUGAUCUUUGCUUUCUGGGUUUACAAUCUUGAUUGCUUCACCAGUUCAGUAAAUCCGAUAAAGAUUUUCCAAAAAUGGGAUACGAUUGCGAUUACUGUCGCGAGGCAAGAUCGAUGGUGUAUUGUCGAUCAGACGAAGCUUACUUAUGUCUAUCGUGUGAUCGAAAUAUUCAUUCCGCAAACGCAUUAUCAAAACGCCAUUCAAGAACACUCAUAUGCGAUAGAUGCAAUUCAGAACCAGCAUUCGUUAGAUGCGUCGAUGAAAAACUAUCGCUUUGUCAAAAAUGUAACUGGGAGGGUCACACCGGUUCUAAUUCCGGUUCCGGUAGCCAUUGUCGGCAAACGUUAAAUUGCUACUCCGGCUGCCCAUCGGCGGUUGAACUAGCUUCCAUCUGGUCGUUCAUGUCAGAGUCUCCAUCUGUUCUCGGCUCCACUUGUCAACAGGAAAUGGAGUUAAUGUCCAUCGCCGACGACAAAACCAAUCAAGUUGUAUCUUGUUCGAUUGAUCGAGACGAUUUGCAGAAAGGAAUCAACUCAAAUUACAAAAACGAUCCUGAUCCUUGUUCUACAUUCAAGAUUUCAUCUACAAAUAAUGCAUUCUAUGAUGAUUUCAACAUGGAUGAAACUGAUUUAAGCAUCGAGAAAUAUGAAGUACUGUUUGGCGAUGGAUACAACGACCCAGAACAUCUAUUCGCAAAAGAUGGAAUCGAUAGCUUAUUCGGAGCUAAAGAAACAUCAGUCGCUGAAUCCAUGUCUCACAAUUCACAUGCUACAAAGGGAGACGAUGUUCAUGUUCGACCCACAUGCAGUAAUGCAGCUUCAUUUGAAUCAUUAAGAAGCCGCAAAACAGAACCAAACGUUUGUUAUAAACCACAUUCCACUAUUUCAUUUUCAAGCCUCACUGGAGAAAGCAAUGCAGGUGAUUAUCAAGAUUGUGGGACUUCAUCUAUGCUUCUCAUGCAUGAGCCACCCUGGUGCACCCUGGCUCACGAUAACACCACCCCUUCAGGUAUCAGAAACGAUGCGGUUCUUCGUUACAAGGAAAAGAAGAAAACCCGAAAAUUUGAGAAGACAGUGAGAUAUGCUACUCGAAAGGCAAGAGCGGAUGUUAGAAAGCGCGUGAAAGGGCGAUUUGUGAAAGCUGGUGAUGCGUAUGAUUAUGAUCCCAUGAGUCAAACAAGAAGCUAUUGAGAAUUUGAGACGAUAUAUAUAUAAACACGUUUUUGAUCAUAUAUCUAAGGC